AUGGCUUUGCUCUGCCGCAGGUACAGCACGUUCCAGAUGCUGGCCUGCUUUCUGCUCGGUUUGGGGUUCCUGGCGCUGCAUCUAUCGCUCCAGCAAGCCUCGAGGACCCAGCCAGAGGACCCCAUAGACGGCACUCCUGCCACUGCUGUGCAGCCGCAGGUGACCCACAAGGAGCCCCCGUGCGUGGCCAACGCCUCUGCAAACACCGGCGCCGACUUCCAGCAGCUGCCGGAACGGAUCCAAGACUUCAUGCUCUACCGACACUGCCGCUACUUCUCAUUGCUGUGGGACGCACCGUCCAAGUGCACUGGCCGCCGGGGCGUCUUCUUGCUGCUGGCCGUCAAGUCGUCGCCCGCCAACUACGAGCGACGCGAGCUCAUCCGGCGCACGUGGGGGCAGGAGCGCAGCUACGGAGGUCGGCAGGUGCGCCGCCUCUUCCUGCUGGGCACGCCGCCGCCCGAGGCCGGGGAGAGCGCAGCUCAGCUAGCAGAGCUGGUGGCGCUGGAGGCGCAGGAGCACGGCGACCUGCUGCAGUGGAACUUCACCGACACCUUCCUGAACCUCACGCUCAAGCACGUGCGCCUACUCGACUGGCUGGAGGAGCGCUGCACACAGGCACAAUUCGUGCUCAGCGGCGACGACGACGUCUUUGUGCACACAGCCAACGUGCUCCGCUUCCUGGAGUCACAGGCGCCCGACCGCCACCUCUUCAUCGGGCAGCUAAUGGACGGCUCCGUGCCCAUCCGCGACAGCAGGAGCAAAUACUUUGUGCCCCCGCAGCUCUUUGCAGAGCCUGCCUACCCGGUGUAUUGCAGCGGCGGCGGCUUCCUGCUGUCCAGGCAUACUGCCCAGGCCCUGCGUGCCGCCGCCCGUGACACCCCACUCAUCCCCAUUGAUGAUGCCUACAUGGGCAUGUGCCUGCAGCGCGCCGGCUUGGCCCCCAGUGGCCACAAUGGCAUCCGCCCCUUUGGCGUGCAGCUGCCUGGCUCCCACCAUCCCUCCUUUGACCCCUGCUUUUACCGCGAGCUGUUGAUCGUGCACCGCUUCGCGCCCUACCAAAUGCUGCUCAUGUGGAAGGCGCUUCACAGCUCAGCGCUGAGCUGCAGCCGCGGACACCAGCUGUCCUGA